UACUGCAAGUCUUACUCAUACAAGUUGCUUGCAUGGACUGGUGAAUCGGACUGUGCAACCAGAAAAGCUUUAGAACACUUUGACAACCUUAACAAAUUGAUGUUCAUCAGCUUACGUGGUGGACAAAAGCAGGAGUACGAUAAACCAAUCACUUGGAAACUAUGGAUAGGCAACUGGAUCGUUCGUAUCACAAUACUUUUAACUUUUAUCCGACUUAAUUUGUUCUUGUACUUUGAUGAAAGUGUCCAGUUUGAUUUAUAUCUGGCAAACCCUUUUCCAGACUCCAAACGACAGAAGAGCACAUUUAUGCUAAUAUUAGGUGUUAUUACUAUUGUAAUCUUUUCAUUGCUCCGUGAAUAUUAUCAUUACAUCGAACGAGCUGGUAUUUUAAUUACUCUUAGAAUUUUUUUCAACAUUCGCAACCAUGGAAUCUAUUGGAAACCUUUGAAGUUCAAUGCAAGAAGUGCACAGUUUGCCAAUCAAAUUGUCCACUUAAUCAUUACACAGGGAGCUCGUCUCAUGGUUUUUGUCUGGUUCUAUUCGGCAGCAUUAGUUUUCAUACUGCAUUUGAGUUAUCCAGCCUCAUAUUCAUCUAGAGUUCACAUUUUCUUCAUACUUUGUAUUUUUCCUUCUGAAAUUGUUACGUUUGCUUUGCUUUUCAAUGGACUAGUGAGUCUCGGAAUAUAUCUUUGGACUUUUAUUGCAGUUUUCAAUGCACAACUGGAAGCAAUUAGAGACGAGAUAAAAAACUGUCUGAGAAGAUGUUCAUUGAGUCCAGUAGAAUUAAGGCGAAUCAAUGAAAGAGUGAUUCUGUUUAUGAAUGAAAUUGAGCAAACAUAUUGUCGCUUAGAUUAUCUUCAUCUCUACCUGAUGGGACUCAUUGCCCUUCAAGCUGAUAUUAUGCUGCUAUUUUCACUGAUAUUCAAGCUUUUCCCUAAUUUCAUUUCUUCACUGGUCACAUUUGGAGGAAUCUUGAUUCACUUUUUUCUUGUUAUUUUCAAUCUUUGGGCUUCUAGUUAUUACACAAAAGUAAGCUCAAUUUUUACAACUCGAUGCACUUAUAAAUUUGUUUAACAUUUUAUCUUAAUAUUUAAUAUUUCAAGACGUUAAGUAUGCAUGGACGUUAUACUGGACUUAUAUUAAAUACGAAAGCAAAUUGCUCUGCUCGAUUCAAGGCUUUAGAAGUCCAAAAUCGAAUAAACGCAAGACAAACUGGCAUUGCAAUUGGUAAUUUAUGCCUGAUCACUCCUUCGUUUUCUUUACUCUUCAUUUUGGAAAAUAUAAACUUUAUUAUGCUUCUAACAGUCAACAUUAGAACGCUCGUUUGAUAUUUCGCAGCAUUAAUGUAAAUAACAUACGAUGAACGAAGGAAAAGGAAGAUUCGUUACAAUCAUUGUUUCGGUUUGCUACGCAAAGUACUUAGAGACUGGAACAAACGUUUGAAAGUGCCUAAACCUGUGCACAAAAUGUACAAUAAUAACUUUUAAUCAAAUUAAAGCAACAUUGAACAUAUCAUUUGAACUGAAAGCAUCACAAUUGCUAAGUUAACCAAGCAUUUGAGCAUUUGCAUCUA